ACUCCUGGGUUCAUCUGGGGGGGUGUAUGGGAAGCUGUUUGCUGCAUAUACCACAGCAGGCAGGUGCGUCUCCUUGGAGACAAGCACCAUGGAUACCAGGCCCGACUGCGGUUUGCCCACCGCGGAUCCGGCUGAACUGUCUCCUACAGCGGCGUAAGGGCUGCGGCCCCGGAGGGAUCCGGACCUGUGGCCCCUGCAUCCGCCCCUACCAUGAGGACCCCGGUGGGGACUGUGUCCUCGAGACACCGCACAAGAAUGGCGACGGAGCCAAUUCGGACGCUGGACCCAGCGACCUGGCCACCCUCAUCCGCUCCCUGGUGGCCAACAAACAGAAGGGAUCCAGGACCCCUGGGACCAAGACCCCUGAGCAUGCUGGCUCCAUGAGGAUUGACCCCCAGGUUCCUUCGGUCACCGAGACCCCCCCUACAUCUCCCCCUCCCCCCACUGCUCGCCCCUCCCCCCUGACGCCAGGCUCCAGUGCCCCCUGGCUGGAGGAAGAUCUGAACUCGGGUCCCCCGACUUCCCGGCUCAAUGAGGCCGUGUCUGUGUUGUUGGUGCUGAUGUGCUCCGUGACCGGGGUCUCAGGGCUGCUCGUGGCUGCCCUCUGCUGGUACAGGUUGCAGCGGGAGGUGCGUCUGGCCCAGAAGUUGGCAUAUACGGCGUAUCGGGGGAAUCAUUAUCGAUACCACCAGCCCAGAAUGUACAUGGACGCCCGGCUGGCCCAGUCCUGCCAGGUGCACCAGUACCAGCGCCAGAAAAAGAUCCUGACCAAUGAGGAGAGCCCCCCAAAGCCCAUCCAGCAGCUGUCGACGGAGUCAGAGACUGAGAACAGGGAUUUUACUGUAGUGGGGAGAUGGAAAUCCACAACCCGCUCUUCAACACGGCGUCCGCCCGGCAGCGCUGCCCCCCCUAACCCUGCCCCCCCGCCAUUCAGCCCCCCUCCCCGGAGAAGCAUGGCCUCCCCAGGUGGAGACACGGGGGGGCAGGUGGAUCUACUCAGAUUUUGGCAGCAUCUUCCCCAAGAACUUGCCCCCCCCUCCCCAGAACGACUGGGGGUGGGGGGAGGUUAAAGGUGAAAGGUCAUCACUCUGAUUUGGGGACCUCCCUCAGGACUCUCCCUUGCUCCCCUGCUCUCUACCUUCCCUGUAGACCCAUCAGUCCAGAGCAUGGUUCCUUUCAGGGGGCAGGGGCUGUGCUAUGGGGCUGGUCCAUGGGGGCGGGUAUUGACUGGGGAGAACUACACAAGGUAGGAACCAUAGGAGGGUCUCAGUGGGUUCAGGAGUUGGGGGGAUUGGAUUUGGGGUGACACCAAGAGAAAAUUGACCAGGGGGCCCAUAUAGAAGGAUACUGACUGAAACUAAACAGUGUGUGUGAGGGGGAGCUCUUUGGGUCAGACACCGUGGGCCCCUCCCACCUGAAACAGCCUACUCCCAGCAGGCCAAGGAGGGGGCUGGAGGGUACCCUGAGAUCAGGGCUGUAUUAAGGUGACACCAGGAGACAGCCAAGACGGCCUCUAUAAGGGGUAUAUUGACCGGGGGAACCUAAACAGGGAAGAAACCAGUGGUGGUGUCCUGCUGGGAGGAGGGGGACAUGUAUUGAUGUGACACCCCAGGACGAUACCCAGUCAUAGACUAAGAGGGGAGGGGGACUUAGGGGGACCCAUUUUGAGGUGACACCAAGCUCCCCUACCCACCCCACAGGAGUUUGACGAGGAGGCCAAUAUAGGGGGAUACGGACCAGGAACCGCCCCUCCCCCAUACACUCUCCUUCCCCCUAAGGCCAAGCAAGAGAGAUUUGGAAGAUCCUGGCCGUGUGCCGUGUCAUACGUGUGCUGGCAGCCAGGUUCCCUCAUCUGUGAUGCCCCUGGGCGUCGGGCUUACAUGUGUGUCACAGCCGUGUCAGUCACGUGGCUGCCGGCUCGUCCGGACACGGGGCAGGUCUGAGCUCCCCAGCAAGGGGCACUGACAGAAACCCAGUCUGGUCCAUACACUGGUUUUACCAGGCUUCUGGGAGUUCAGAGAGAGAUGCCCCCUAUCCUGCGCCUGCCCAGCUGCCCCCCCAUACUGCUCCCCCUCCAGUUUCCCACCCUAAGUCCUAUUUAUUCACCCCUCCAACUUGGAAUAAAAGCGAAAAGCAAAAGAGA